AGAGAACUAUUACUGUAACAAGGAGCUCCCGCUUUGCUGUUUUUCUUUUCCUUCUGACAGUAGGAGAAAACAACGAAGCACAUACAUCCUUCUACUUUCACAUCAUGAGCGACGGACUGUGGGCGCCGUCUACGGCGUCUUCAACGAACAGUCCUUUAGAUGGCAAUGCGGUGGAGGAGCUUAUGCGUCGCAGCUUAGAGGACAACGCGUACAGCGUGCAAGGAUUCUGGCUCUGGCAGGCCCGCUCCAUCCAGCAGCGUCAUCAGCGUGAGCAGGGUCGACGCAGACCUCGCAGCGAGGGGGAGACGCUGCACACGGUGACGGAGACUGAUGGCCCCCGCAGCCCCGCCGAGGCGACCGCGGAGCAACACGCAGCGGAGGUGAGAGCGUACAUCUCCGCGUUGCUGCACGCAACGGGCUACCCGUACCCAGUAUCUUCUUACCCAGCAACGGGGGAAGCGGAGCAGACGGAGGAUGUCGCUUUGGCGAAGACAGCGACGGGGGAUGAGUCGCUGGAGGCUUCCGCACCGGCAACCGACGCUCCUGCUGCACCGCAGAUCGACGCCACCCCGCUGAAGACAGCACGCACGGAGAAAGCGGCGACGGCAGCACCGUCCUCCGCCUCCCCACCGAAAAGCGCACUCGCGAAGCUGGUGUCUAAAGCGAAGGCGCAGCACCGUGACGUUGCUGAAGGCAAACCGGCCGCAACGGUCGUACCGACACCGAAGAACUCGUCGUUCCCCGAAGACAUCCCAGGCAUGCGGCUGGCGCACGGCUCCUCCUCCAUCGCGCAAAGGAAGAGGGUGCAGUUUGUCGAUGCGCCACACGACGACGCUGCCAGUGGGCACCUACCUCGUCGUGAGGCAGAACAUGCAAACGAGGAGGAGGAAGACUUUGGCGUGCAGCUGCCGAGUCACGUCGCCUCCUCUUCCGGCGGCGCAGCACCACACGAAGAUGGCAGUGGGGGGACAUCAACGCUGGACGCAACGCCUACCGAGGACGCUAUGGCCGCCAAGCACCCAUCGCAGAUGACACGUGCGGAGUUUCUCAGUCAAUUCAAGCGCGCACCGCGCCGUGGUGAGAUUGGCCAAACCGCCGAAGACAUUGCCGCGGCGGAGAACCUGGGCUACGUCAUGUCCGGCUCUCGCUCCGUCGCGUCACGCAUGUACGUCGAUCGCAUUCAGCGCCAGCUGCACGAACACGAGGCGGCAAAGCUGCAGCAGCAGUUCCGCAAGGUGGAGGACGAGCGCAUGGACGACCAGCUUGUGCACGGUCUCGCGGAUUUUAUUGUGAAGAAGGUGGAGAACCUAAAUUAG